AUGGCAAACAUAUGUCUUCUAAACUGGGAAAGAGAGGCUUCUCCUGGUAUCCUAGGACCUAUAUCGUAUCCUGUCACAGCUAUACCAAAUACGAUCAGGAUUGGCAACGAGUUUGGUGAAUCUUUGAUUAAACUACACAAUGCUGGUCUAAAUCUUAGCAAUGUUCAUGUAAUAGGAUUUUCGCUUGGUGCUCAACUAGUUGGUUACUCCGGUAGAAAAGUACAAGAAUAUAAUACUAAUAUAGGCAGAAUCACCGGUCUGGAGCCAUCAAAACCCUUUUUUGACGGCGUAAUAUCACUCCGUUCACUCAGUGCAUCCGAUGCCAGCUUCGUAGAUAUAAUUCACACCAAUCCCAAUGGGUUAGGAAGCGGUGAAGCUACAGGCUCUGUUGAUAUCUGGCCAAACUGUGGAAAUAGCAUACAACCAGGCUGUGAUGAGAUGGCUUUGGGAAUUUCAAACGCAAGUUCUUUAUUAGACACUUCACAUACUGCUUGGUUGAGAUGUUACAAUGGUUCUCUAAACGACUUCGCUGUGACGUCACUUAGUGAUCCAACAAAGCUGUUAAAUGAUCCAUGCUUUGAUCCAAAUCGACGUACCGUCAUAUAUACAUUUGGAUACAGAGGCAAGACGAAUGGUCCGGCUACAACUGCCGUCCUCAAUUCAUAUUUGGGCACAAAGAAAAGAAAUGUUAUUCUUCUCGAUUGGCAAGAAGAAGCACAGAGUGGAGCUUUGGGUAUACCCCUUGGAUAUGUAUUGUUCGCGGUACCUAACGCGAAACGAAUUGGUCACGAGUUGGGUGAUGCGAUACUAUCUCUUUCCCAAGCCGGUUUAAACAUGACUGAAAUACAUCUCAUGGGACAUUCGCUAGGAGCUCAUAUCAUGGGCUAUGCUGGUAGGCGGACUAGGAAACAAGGAAAAGUAAUAUCCAGGAUCACAGGACUUGAUCCAGCACGAGCGCUGUUUGAAGGCAUGUUAGCCCUCCAUUCUGGAUUAGACCGAACUUGCGCUAAGUUUGUCGACAUUAUUCACACGAACCCUGGGUCUUAUGGGACGAGUCAAUCGUCUGGUACUGUGGAUCUUUGGCCAAAUUACUCACCAAACGACGGCAUGCAACCAGGUUGCCCCACCGGAGAAUUUGAAAUGUUCACACCUGAAGACCUCUGUAGCCACGAUCGCGCGUGGCGGUACCUAGUCGAGUCUAUUCAGCAUGGAACUGCAUUCCCGGCUGUAGCAGCUAACGAUUAUAGCACUUGGAUGGCUAUAGAAACUCUACCAAAUGUUACAAAUUACAUGGGAGACUUGACAAACACAAGAGCCCGUGGAAACUAUUAUCUGACAACGAACAAACAAGCGCCUUUCAGUAAAGGCGCCCAAGGCAUGAUGCCGAAACAGUCAAGGAAGCGACGCUACACUACCGCCUCGCCUCUCACUGUUAUUUUUAAGUUUUUUAGGUGA